AUGGUGACCUCAGCCUCAGCCGGUGGAGACGCGCUACCGAAGAUGCGCACAAACGACGAAGAGCACCAGACGCUGCGGCAGUACCAAGCGAGACUGCAGGCCAGCAAGCCACUGAUCGAUCAAGUCAGCAAUCAAUGGAAGAAUGAGAAGACCAGCUGCGAAGAGGGCUAUACACAGGAGGAAGGAGAGUCCGGCUUCUGCGAUCUGGACAAUGCGGCGAGCUGUCCGAACAUAACUAGAGACCUGGCCGCGUCUCGCCGUUUCCGCAGAAAGUUUGCAUAUGCUGCUAUCACGCUAUUGGCAGUGUACUACCUCUGGUCUCGAUAUUGGCGGCCAAAGAUGGCUGUGGACUGGGCAUAUCGAGAGGGUUUCGUGUCGCAAAGCGAUGGCACAUACGGGAUCGCGAGGGGAGGUGACCUGGAUCCAGAUCUCGUUCGGAUAAGGGAACUUGACCAUGAGCUGCUGCCAGGGGGAAAGUCAGACCCGGAUGGCAAGAGACGACUCGUCUUCGUGGGAGACGUUCACGGCUGUAAGAAGGAGCUUUGGAAACUACUGGACAAGGUGGAUUUUCGAGAGGAUACAGACCACCUGGUACUAGUCGGCGACAUCAUCUCGAAAGGUCCAGACAAUGUUGGAGUACUGGACGAACUCAUCCGACUCAAAGCCACCAGCGUUCGAGGCAAUCAUGAGGACAGAAUUCUGCAGGUCGCACGAUCCCUCGACACAGGCGCACCGCCACCCAGUGAGAAGGUCUCAAGUAAAGGACACUCCAAAGACGCCGCACUGCUCCGAGAACUCAAGCCGCCUCACCUGAAGUACCUCCGCGACAUGCCCUUGAUGCUCCACAUCCCCUCUCUCCCCAUGGCUCUAUCGUCAACCAAGAAGCAUGACUCGCCGAUCAAGGAGCACAUCUUGGUCGUUCACGCUGGCCUCGUCCCAGGAGUAGCCUUGAACAAGCAAGACCCUUACUUCGUAAUGAACAUGCGCAGCAUCAACCGCCGCACCCACGUCCCAUCCGCCACGCGCGCACCCUCAAAGCAGUCAAAACCCUGGUUCGACAUCUGGAACUGGUACAACGAUCACGUGUACCGCAAGAAGUCGAUGCGUGGAUUCAAUCCUCCGGGGACCGACUCAAGUGAAGAGGAUACCACUGCGCAAGACUCGUCAAGCUGGUUUCUUACAACCUUGUGGAAGAACUUCUGGGGCAAGAAGAAACUGCAUCCAAAUCCCCAGAUUGUGAUCUACGGGCAUGACAGUAAACAAGGCUUGCAAAUUGAGCGAUGGUCCAAGGGCUUGGACUCGGGGUGUGUAGGAGGCGGGGAAUUAACUGCCCUGGUGCUGGAUGCGCGGGGAAGGCAGGAGUUGCAUAGUGUUGGGUGUAAGAACUAUCGAGAUUAG